CGAAUCGCCGAGUCGACGGCGAGGGCGGAGGGAGCGCGAGGGGCGCGUGGCGGCACCGAGGGUGUCAGUCACGGCCCAUCUGCCCACCAUCGAGCACAUCCAUGGCCAUAAUUGCGACCGCUAACCGCCGAUCGAUCGAGCCAUGAGGACGCAUCAGCCGCGGCUCGUGUCGCCUGGAAUGUAGUCGUUUAAAGGAGCACACAGUGUGUACAAGUGCGCGACGACCGAAGCCGAGAGAAAGAGAGAACGAUCGACGGUUUAGUACGAGAGAGAAAAGAGCGAGAGAGAGAGAGAGAGAGAAAGAGAGAGAGAGAAAGGGAGAGAUAGCGGUGGCGAAAGAACCCGCCGGAAACCACCGAACGAAGGACAGGCAAAUGUCCUCGUCGAGCUUCCGCGAGGGCCCGACGUCGAGCUGCUCGCGAGAACCGUCCGGAAAUCGGGCCAGCAAAGGCGACGCGAGUCGUCGAUCGUCAAUUUCGCGAUAAGAUCUCGCGACGAGGAGGAGGAGGAGGGAGAGAAAGAGUGCGCGUGUGUGGAGAUAUUUCUAGUCAAUCCGCGGUAACCUCUGGCUGUGUAAAUCCUCAAAAUCGCAAUCGAUAGUGUUCAACGAUCCUCGUCUCCCGCGAGCCGAGGCCGCCGACUACUCGCGCAGUAGAAAAGUCAACGACUGGUCAGCCCAGCCGGGUACUACGACGCCUAGUUACAUAGAAUCCGAAGUGUGAUCGGCAACCGCGAUCCGCGUCCACCGAACGAACGCGUCCGCGUCCGCGUCCGCUUCGUUCGCGCGAGGGCCGACGUGAUAAACCGUGUGUGAUCGAGAAGCAAUAAUUAAUUACCGGUCCCCCGUUGGACUUCGAUCCUCGUAAGUAUCCCGCGGGACACGCCCGGUGCUUCACGGCUGUGGUUUUAUUCUCUUCGUGCGUGCCGCCACCCGACUCCUUCUUCUUCUUCUCCUUCUUCAUCAUCUUCUUCUUCUUCUUCUUCUUCUCUACCAUCGUUCUCUCGGAGCGAGAGAACCGGCCUGUGUCGGACAAAGAGGAGAGGGAAAACGCGCCGGCAGAAUGGCGUUCGCCGCGGCGAGAAUGAUCCUUAAGGAUAAGCGACGGAAGGCCAGCAAAGAAGACUUCGCGCCGCGAAACAGGAGCAAGGCCCGCAGCGCCAGUACAAGUAGCUUUAGAAGCCUGAGCCAGGCUCGCAACAAAUCGGCUGACGGCGUCGGACACGUGAACCAGAAGGGUGCCACCGGGCAGAAGGCGCCCCUCGCCGCCGGACAGAAGGUCGCUCCCGGCGCGAAGGGCUCUCAGAAGCCGGCCCAGAAGCCGUCCGCUCAGAAAGGGCAGGUUAAAGUCACGCCCAAGGCGGUCUCCGUCAAGAGCGGCAAGAACAAGAAGAAGGGACAGAGGCAGCAGUAUGAUCUCAUCGUUACCAUCAACUUGUCCGAGUAUGGGCUCACGGAGGAUCAAGUGGCCGAAUUCAAGGAGGCGUUCAUGCUGUUCGACAAGGACGAGGAUGGCACCAUCACGAUGGCGGAGCUCGGGGUGGUCAUGCGAUCUCUGGGACAGAGGCCGUCGGAGACGGAAUUACGGGACAUGGUGAACGAGGUGGACCAAGAUGGAAACGGGACCAUCGAGUUCAACGAGUUCCUGCAGAUGAUGUCGAAGAAGAUGAAAGGCGCCUACGGGGAGGACGAGCUGCGCGAGGCGUUCAGGGUAUUCGACAAGAACAACGACGGCAUGAUCUCAUCGAAAGAGCUGCGACACGUGAUGACGAACCUCGGCGAGAAGCUCUCCGAGGAGGAGGUCGACGACAUGAUCAAGGAAGCGGAUCUCGAUGGCGACGGGAUGGUGAACUACGAAGACCCUUUCACGGAAAAGCCUUGA